CCAGCUUGGCGGCGCAGGGAUCUGUGUUGUGCUGAGGCUGAGCUGAAUGAGAUUGAAGAAGAGUUCUUCUUGUUUUGUAGCUUCAGUUUCUCUGUUUUUACUCGUUUUUUUUACUCCAACAGCAGAACAAAGUGCAGUUCUGCGGGCAGGAGGCGGCCGGACUCCCGCUCAGCUGUGGCUCCACCGUGGAUCGGCUGCUGGGAGGAAAAUAUUUAAUUAAUCUGGAGGAGGACUGCUGCUGAGGCAGCACAGAGGCGUGGAGUCCAGUCCCACAGCCAGGUGCGGCACUUUAAUGCUUCAGUUGGAUGGUUUUCCUACUGGAGAAGGUGUUCAGGCUGAUCGAUCGGCUGGCAGACUGACUGGAUCCAUGAUGGAACUACAGACGCUACAGGAGGCUCUGAAGGUGGAGAUCCAGAUCCAUCAGAAACUGGUGGCCCAGAUGAAGCAGGACCCGCAGAACGCAGAUCUGAAGAAGCAGCUCCACGAACUCCAGGCAAAGAUCACAGCGCUCAGCGAGAAGCAGAAAAAGGUGGUGGAGCAGCUGAGGAAGGAGCUGCUGGUGAAGCAGGAACCAGAGCCCAAACUGCAGCUGCAGGUUCAAGCUGCUCCAGUAGGGGGCGACCUGAAGCCGACCAACCUGCUGCAGAGCCAGCAGAUAACUGGAGGACUGCAGCAGACGCUGACGGUCACGCCGGUCCUCACCGCCAAGACUCUGGUGCUCAAAGCCGCCGCCACGCCCACCCUGCCCGGCGCCAUCCUGUCGCAGCGCCCGCCCACCGUCGCUAUGGUAACCACAGCCAUUACCAAGCCCGACUCGCAGAGCGUCCCCAUCAACCUUCAGGUGGCCAGCCGGCUGACCAAUCAGAGCUCGGAGCCUGUACGGCUGGUGUCCAAGAACGCAGUGGUGCUGCAGGCCACCACCACCUCCUCCUCCGCCCAGCCAAUCAGAGUUCCUCAGUUUGUCCCUCCUCCUAGACUGACGCCUCGGCCCACCUUUCAGCCACAGGUCAGGCCGAGGCUGGCCACGCCCACCAACGUCCCCAUCGCCCCGGCUCCUCCCCCGCCAAUGAUGGCGGCCCCCCAGCUGCUCCAGAGGCCCGUCAUGCUGGCCACCAAGCUGGCAACCUCGCUGCCCUCGGCCGCGCCCAUCCACCAGGUCCGCAUCGUCAACGGGCAGCCGUGCGGCAAGACGGGCGCCGCCCCGCUGACCGGCAUCGUCAUCACCACGCCCGUCACUGCCACGCCCACGCGACUUGCAAGCCCCGCCUCUCUCCCUGUUCCCCCGCCUCCAGCCCCGCCCAUCCAGAUCAGCAGCCUGAUCGCUGAACCCAAACUCUUCAUCUCUCCAAACCUUAACCUGCUGUCGUCACCUUCCUCCUCCUCCUCCUCAUCCUCCUCUCAGCAGACUGUUAAACUGGAAACAGCAGAACAGAAAGCUGCGGUCAGCCUGCCGUCCUCCUCCACCCCGUCUCUCUCUCCACCCCCUCGACCCAAAAAGGAGGAGAACCCCGAGAAACUGGCCUUCAUGGUGUCUCUGGGCCUCGUCACACACGACCACCUGGAAGAGAUCCAGAGCAAAAGGCAGGAGAGGAAGAGGAGAACGACGGCCAACCCGGUGUAUAGCGGAGCCGUGUUCGAGCCCGAGAGGAAAAAGAGUGCAGUGAGUUACCUGAACAGCCCUCUGCACCAGGGGACCAGGAAGAGAGGUCGCCCACCCAAAUUCAGCAGCGUCCCGGAGCUGGGCAGCCUCACCCCGACCUCCCCCUCCAGCCCCGUCCGUCCCCUCCCCCUGCCCAGCCCCGGCUCUGGGGACGGAGACAUCCACGAGGAUUUCUGCACUGUGUGCAGACGCAGUGGCCAGUUGCUCAUGUGCGACACGUGUUCUCGUGUUUAUCACCUGGACUGCCUGGAUCCACCCCUGAAAACCAUUCCUAAAGGCAUGUGGAUCUGUCCAAAAUGCCAAGACCAGAUCCUGAAAAAAGAAGAAGCCAUUCCCUGGCCCGGCACCCUGGCUAUCGUUCAUUCCUACAUCGCAUACAAAGAAGCUAAAGAAGAGGAGAAGCAGAAGCUGAUGAAGUGGAGCUCGGAGCUGAAACUGGAGCGCGAGCAGCUGGAACAGAGAGUCAAGCAGCUCAGUAACUCCAUAACGAAGUGCAUGGAGACCAAAAACACCAUCCUGGCUCGUCAGAAGGAAAUGCAGCUUUCCCUGGACAAAGUCAAGCAUCUCAUUCGCCUCAUCCAAGCCUUCAACUUCAACCAGGCCCUGGCGGAAACGGAGGGAAAGGACGUCCGGGUGCAGGACAGUGCUCGGAUCGUUGUCAGCUCCGGAGCUGCAGCUGAAGUUGGCGCGGCGGGGAAGCCGGUGGUGAGCAGCUCUCUGGUCAGCAGCAAACAGGAGGAGCAGCAGACAGAAGGAGCAGCAGCAGCAGGGGGAGGAGGAGGAGGAGACGGCAACAGCACAGUGCUGACUAACUGCCCUGCUGCUGGGGCAGGGGUUGCGCCGGGGUUAGGGGGUCACACAGAGACCACUCCUUGUGUCGAGGUUCAGCCUGAGACUGAGGCAGCUCCUGCGGCUCCUGCAAAGGUUGCCACCACCAACGGUACGACGGAGCCGCCGCCAUGCCCCGCCCACAGCCCCGCCGCCGCUGAGAACAAGAUAUCUGCCGUGAACCCUGCAGAGACGGCGGUGGAGAAGAAGCAGGAGGAGCUCAGCGACGGCAGCAACAACAGCAAAACCUCAGAACCCUCCCAGCAUUCUUUGCCAGCUCUGCUUAGCAGUUUGGACGAUAAAAAGUAACACUGCGUCCCUGUGGCUGCAGGAAGUCAAACAUAUAUAUUAAAAAAAAGACCUUUGCUUGCACCGCACGGUGCCCUGAAGUUGCCAAUCUGUAUAAAUGUUGUUUGUUUGCAUUGUAUUGUCAGACUGUGUCAAUGGUAGAUGUACAGCCCAAGUCACAUGACUCUGGGAAGACCCGGGUCAUCAUGCCAAUUAGUGAUAGACGUCAUGGAGGGAACACUCAAAGGAAGAUUUUCUUCAUCAUCACACCGGUGUGUGCCUGUUACAGUGGCCCCUGUGUUCUGUUGACGGCUCCAAGGAGAACCCAGAACAUGGAACCAAACAUCUGUCGGGGGAGCUGGUCCAAGAAGCAGUGUUGUAAACGUUUGUGUACUGAAAAGAGAACCUGUUUGCGUCCUCGUCCCGUUGACCCUGACGGGAACGGCGCUUCACAGUCCGAGUUCUCAAUUAAUUUCCUCACCUGAAACCAAACCAGAACCCAAUCAGGACCGAUCUGUCCUAACCCAAAGGCUUCAAUUUGAUUCAAGCUGUCAUCACAAAACAAAAUUGAUGAGGCAAAUGUGACCAUGAAGUGUGUUUUCAAAACUUGAGGUUUGUCACCCAUUACUUGCCCAGUCUGCUCUCACCAGGUUCCGCCCUCUUUUGGUCAGACUCCGCCCACUUUUGGUCAGACUCCGCCCACUUUUGGUCAGACUCCGCCCACUUUUGGUUAGACUCUUCUCACUUUUGGUCAGACUCCGCCCACUUUUCUUUAGACUCUGCCCAUGUCCUGCAUCAGCUCAGUUUAAAUUUGAUUGGAUGAAAAGUUAUGACAAACCCUUUAGUUCAGGAGGAGUUGCAAACAUUUACAUUUUUUUUGGUUUUAUAUGAAAAGAAACAAAAUGAGUUAAACACAUGAGGCCACUCCAGCCUUUUGUAGAUCUACAGAAAAGUGUUGCGACUAAUCAUAAAUUUAAAAAUCGAAGUUAAACGCCUUAAUCCAAUAACCCUUGAGUUAUUGGAUUAUUUAACUCAAGGGUGUCCAAAGUGUGCCAUUUCUGGCUCUUGAAAUUAUUUUGUCUGCCCCUUGACUUCAAGUCAAGAAGGGUAAAAAAAUUUGGCUAACAGAAUAGAAAACAAUUGAUGAGCCAAAGAAAUUGCCAUUUGUCAGUUCUUCUUUUAAUAAGAAACUGGUCCAAAACCUAUUUUAUGUUUUGGAUUUUUAAUAUUAUAUAGAUUUAAUUAAAAUGUUAUUUAUUUUUAGUAGGUAAAACUAAAAGAAAUUGCUAUAAUAAAAUUUUUGUAUUUUAAAUAUAUUUAAUUUUGUGGCCUGCCAGUAAUUUAAAUUUGCUAGUUUUGAUCCCCAGGACAUUAUGGAAAAGCUCUCAUGUGUCUCUGGUGCAGGAAGUCCAAACCAUAUAUUUCCAAACUUUUAUCUUCAGUUUAAGUUUUGACUUGAGCUCAGUUUGUUGAGUUACUUCCUCUUUAUAGGGGAUUUCACCUUGUCAAACAGUUCAGAGAACAUUUCAGGGUCCCCAAAGGUCCCACCAACCAGUGAAGAAAGGUCUAAUGUAGGUCCAGAACUGGGUUUCCUUUAAAAGUGAACUCGCACUGAGUCGCAAAGUUCCUUUGAGUCAUGCUGAAGCCUUUGAGACUUUAAAUUAAUCCAAAAAUAGUCCAACUCCGUCGGUUGACCCUGUCGCCCACCAUCAUCACCUUCCUUGCAGUCCUAGGUUUUGUACCAGGGUCUCCCAGUGAAGAGGGUGCAGCCCUCUGGUAGAUUACAGAUGUUCCCUGAUGGACACCGGGUUGAACCCCGAUUUGGUCCCGAGAUGAGGACGAACAGGAGCGGUAGCCUAACAGAUGUUCUCAGUGGUGUCGGUCAGUGUAGUGAUUGAGUUUUCAUUCGUGAGUCGUGUGUGUGAGUGCGUGUGUGUAUGUGUGUGUCAACUGUGAGCACUAAAUGUGAAUUUGCAAUAUUGCAACGUCAACACACACAAACUCUAUCUGGGCUGUUUGUUUUUUAUAGGAAAAGAUAUUCAGGUCUUCCUAGUCUCCAGAAUAAGUGCUUUCUGUUCCUGAACCUGCUGGACUGGCAUCAUCAUCAUCAUCAUUGCCAUCGUCGUCAUCAUCGCCGCUGCCGCCGCUGGGCGGUGGUGAUCGUUUGAAUCCUGAACUGCCAAAAUCCUGAUGUUGUUUCCAAAUUCAGCAGGGACUCGUCCUCUUACUGUCCUCGAAGAUCAAAUCAUCGGAAAGAUUCAGAUGCAAAGUCCCGGCCGAGACAGGAGAGCGUUGGGAACAAUAACCACAGCAGGACAAUUCCUGAGAUUAAAGCACAAGCUUGCUGCAUUACAAAGAAGUGCUGAAGAGCUUUUUGUACGUUCCCGUGGAGUUAAACAGAGUAUGCAUCUCUUCAUUGUCAUGUGAUUUCCCCUUUCAUUGCCAAUAUGUCCUCUCGGUAUGACUCUGAGGCUGGAGUCCAAUUAGGAGUUUGUCCCACUGAGUCUGGCUUGGAGCCGGAACAUGAAGCUGAUGGUUAUUGGAGCAAUUGAUCGGAACAUUGACAAGGUGAAUAGAGAUUAAAGUUGCCGCCAUUUAUGCUGGAAACUUUAGUUUUACUUGGGGUUCCUUUGGUUCUCUGACGUGCUCACUCCUUCCUGAAUGUGAGGAAAUGUUUCAGACAUUUUUAAGGAGAAUUCCCUCUGAAAAUUCCUUUUGUUACACAAAAUCAGUCCAGAAGUAUAUAUUGCCAACUCAAGUCCUCAAGAGCUACCGUCCUGCUGUAACUUUUAGAUCCAGCCCUGCUCCAACACGCCUGAAUUACCUCCUUACCUUGUCAUAAAGUACUGCUACGGUACUUUGUACCUUGAGAUAACGAGGCAUUUGUUUGAUUCUGGUAUCUUGGAGCAGGGAUGCAUCUAAAGUCGAACUUGAGGACUGGAGAUAUGCCUUAUUUCUACUGAGUGGUGCUGUUCUGGACACUAUUUGGUCUGUUUGAACAGACCUGUACCACAGCCUUCCUGGGCUCCCUUCAGUUGUACGUCUAUGGGACAAUAGUACAGUUAGAGCAGAGAUACUUGUGUCACACCACAGUCCAUUUGGAGGAUAUGAGAUAAGCAUGAGAAAUACUAAUAAGUUAUAUUUGUUGUUUCAUUGCAAUAUUGUGUUUAGGUUUAACUCUGCCUGCCCAGUGAGAGUCCAACUGGCGAUGGAAACACUCCCUUGAGAAUGCCGGACUGUACAGUAGAGUAUCAUACAGACCUAUUAUGUACCUCUCAGUCGAAAUGAGGCAAAAAGAUGCUUCUCUGCUCCAACAAGAAGAAUCCCUGUUGGAUACUGUCCACUAAGGACAAGCUAAUUCCUUAGCUAAGAAAUUGUUAUAAGUGACAUUUCCUUAGCUUGUCACUUAUAACAAGCUAAGGAAUUACCUACUUAGCUUGUCAUAAAAAACUGCAGAGGCCUGGUAAUUAGUCAUUUGUUUGAUUCUGGUGUCUUGGAGCAGGAAUGCAUCAAAAGUAGUAUUUGAUGAAUAGACAUAUGCCUCUUUUCCACUGAGCGGUAUGGUUGGUGCAGUUCAAUGUACUAUUUUUUUUUAUGUUUCUGUAGUAAAGGCAGCCCAUACAACAACCCAUACUGCACCAUCCCUAGGCAUUCUUCAAUUGUACAUCUAUAGGUCAGUUAGGCUGGAGCUAUUGGUGUUUCACAACACAGUCCAUUGUUUGGGGGACACGAGAAAUACUAGCAAAUCACAUUUGUUGUUGCACUUGUAUGAGGCAGCAUUAGACGUUUGGGUUUGACCCCACUUGUCUGGUGAGAGUCCGACUUGUGGAGGGAACGCUCUUGAAUAUACUGGAUCAUGCCUCAGUGCAAACAAGGCAAAAGAGGCCUCUCUUCUCUAACACACCUGAAUUACUUUCUUAGCUAGUUGUGAAGUACUGCAAAGGACUAGUAACAGGCCAUUUGUUUGACUCUGGUGUCUUGGAGAAGUGAUGCAUCUGAAGUUGAGGACUGGAGUUAUGCCUCGUUUCAACAGAGCAGUGCAGUUUGGUAUGCUUUUUGUCGGUUUCCAAUGAAAAAGCGGCCCAUAGACUCAGUCCGUACUGCACCAUUCCUGGACUCCCUUCAGUUGUAGGUAUAUGGGACAAUGACACUGUUAUGGUGGAGUUACUGGUGUCAUUCAGUCCAUUGAUUGGGGGACAGAAAAACAUUGCUUGAGACAUACUAGUUCUCAACUUUGGGCAUUUGGGUUUAACUUCCUCUGCCCAGUGAGAGUCCAGUGUUGGUGUUGGAAAUGCUCUCCCUCAUGAAUAAACCAGACAACAUAAUAGCAUAUUGGACCGUACUGACCAAUACCAUACCGCUCAAUGAAAGCGAGGCUCUAGAGACCCAACCACUAAGCUCAACAGACAAAUAUCCCAACACUUCUUGGAUUUCUGCUCUCCUAGAAAAGACCCGUUUCCUCUCAUGAUGGUGGGGGUGAGCUCCUGUUUGGGUGGUGACCUAUUGCGGGCGUCUUAGUUUUUAUUUAAAUUCAUAUCAUGCAGACUCUUGUGAGUGAAUCAGCAUAUCCCAAUGGCACCUGGUUUUCUCCCAUCAGCUGCACAGACUGCCUUCAUUCCAAACGCCCCAGAGAAAUAUGUGUGUGUGGAGGGUGUGUGUGUUGGGUGUGUCCUGUAGAGUUCAGCUGAUCUGACGGGGGAUGAGCCAAACAGGAAACCCAAGUGUCCCCGCUUCCUUUUGGGUCCCACUUGUCUUGUGUAAAUCUCCAUUGGGUGGACGUGGUUCUCAUUCCGGCCCGUAGAUCCGACUGGUCAUCAGGUCUCUGGAUCCUUCCCUUCUGUACAGUAGGUACCUUUGAGUGCCUUUCUUCAAACAGCAGAUAAUAUUUGUCUCUUGACUUGCACUGUGACUCGUAAAACUUAACAAACCCUCCGGGAUCGCUCCCCACCUGACACCGAGCCCUGUCCACAAUAGCCCUGCCCCAGAGGAAGCUGCGCCCUACUCCGCAGGCUGCCAGGAGUCGAUGCAAGCUCGCCACUUCAUACCAACCCGUUUGAUUUGACCACAUAGUGUUCUGUUGUUCAUCCCUAGAAGUUGCCUUAAAUGUAUUUUAUUUUCUGGUGAAAUGUUCAGAUUUUGGGUCAGAGGGGGUGGGGUUUGUGCAGAGACAGUCUGAGAUCGCACUCUGAUCCGUUUGUCAUGCACUUUUAGUUUGAUCAGUAUUAUCAGAGCAGAGAUGGGUUAUGUUUUAUUUUUAAAAAGCCCCCCGCCCUCUCUUUCUUCC